AUGGGCAUCGUACCCGGCUUCUUCGACGAAACACCGAACGACGCAGCGAACGACGCGAAAGACGUGGGACGAAGCCAGGACUUUGAAACGGUUCGGGACCUGAAGCUGCUCCUCCACCAGCGCCUGCAUGUGCCGCCCCUGCGCCAGCGCUUGGUGAGGGCCGAAGGUUACGGUGGGACAGCCGAGGAGGCUGAGGUGACCGAGGAGACAAGCCAAGUGCCCAAGCAGAUCAGCUUGGUGGUGUUGGACUAUCAGCAAGACCUGACAGUUCACUUGCUCAAUGCUGCAGAGGAGGGCGACGGCCAGAAGGCGCAGCGCUUGCUGAAGCAGCUGGCCGAUCCAAAUGGAUCGGAGGGAGAGGGAUGGACUCCACUGCACAUUGCGGCCAUCAACGGGAAUGUGGACGUCUGCCGGAGCUUGAUGGAAGCUCUGGCUGAGCUCACUCGCACGAACUCAGAUGGAUCCACCGCAUUGCACGUGGCGGCCUGGAGUGGCCAGCUACAGAUGAUGCGAGUGUUAUGCAAUGCACGUGCCAGCGCCAAUGCUGCGCAGAAUGAGGGCUGGGCGCCUUUGCACAUCGCCAGCCGCCAUGGUCACGCCCAUGUGGUGCAGUUUCUGUUGGAAGAGGCUCGCGUCGAUGCCGAUGUUCGUGUGGACGCCGGCUGGACUGCCAGCAACAUUGCGCUCUGGGCAGACCAUACCGCAGUCCUAGACAUCUUGGAGCAGUAUGCCCCACGGUCCCUCUGGCAAAGCUGGACGGGUUUCUGGAGGCAUUUGUUUCGGACGUGCCGUCGAAGAGCGAAACAAGGCCGGGCAGUGGGGUAG